UUGUAGAAAUUAGAUUAGUCAAUCAACAUUCUUUCGGUCUUCUUCAUUUCUCUCUCAAAAAAUGCAGAAAUGGCCGAAGAAGAAAACUCAGUAUCCUCUUAUAGCACUCGUUUUCUUCAUCUUCAUUGUUUUCUCUAUCCUCUAUAAUGAAAUUUACAUUCAUGAGAUUCAGUCAAAAAACUCCACUCACCAUACUGAUGAUGAUGAUGAUUCAUCUACUUUAGCCAAGGAAGAGGAAGACCCUUUGUUCCAAUCAGUGAAAAACCUCACCGUAACAAAAAUUCCUCCUGUGCCGUUGGAUAAAUCUAGUGCUUGUCACUCUACUGUGAAGUAUAGUGGAAAGAGAGCUGAAUGGGAUAGCUUUAAACCGGAGUCCGGUGGCCGGAGAGAAAUGCCUGAAACAUGUGAUUAUUUUUCUGGUGAAUGGGUGUUUGAUAAUAGUUCACAUCCACUGUAUAAAGAGUCUGAUUGUCCUUAUAUGUCCGAUCAAUUGGCGUGCCACAAGCAUGGUAGGCAAGAUCUGGAGUAUCAGUACUGGAGAUGGCAACCUCAUAACUGCAAUUUGAAGAGGUGGAAUGUGACUGAAAUGUGGGAGAAAUUAAGAGGGAAGAGACUAAUGUUUGUGGGAGACUCACUGAAUAGAGGACAGUGGAUAUCGAUGGUGUGUCUAAUGCAAUCUGUUAUUCCAGCUGAUAAGAAGUUCAUGACACCACAGGCCCACCUUUCAAUAUUUAGAGCAGAGGAAUACAAUGCCAGCAUAGAGUUUCUUUGGGCUCCACUUCUUGUCGAAUCAAAUUCUGAUGAUCCAGUUGAUCACAGACUCUCUGAACGAAUACUACGUCCAGAUUCACUUCUUAGGCAUUCAUCAGAAUGGAUGCAUGCCGAUAUAUUGGUCUUCAAUUCAUAUCUUUGGUGGAGACAGGGCCCUGUUAAGUUAUUAUGGAGUUCUGAAGAAAAUGGAGUUUGCGAGGAAAUAAAUGGUUUGGGAGGCAUGGAGUUAGCUAUGGACGCCUGGGCAAAUUGGGUGGAUUCCAAUGUUGAUCCUGCGAAGAAGGUCUUUUUUGUCACAAUGUCCCCUACACAUUUCACGAAAGGAGAAUGGGAACCAGGAAGUGAAGGAAACUGCUACAACGAGAAGCUUCCCUUGAAUGGAACAUACUGGGGCAUAGAUUCCGACUUGCCCACAAUGCAGAUGGUGGAGAGAACACUUGCUAGGUUGGGCUCAAAGGUUAACGUUCUCAACAUUACUCAGCUCUCAGAUUACAGGAAAGACGGCCACCCUUCAAUCUACCGUAAGUUUUGGGAGGCGCUGACUCCUGAGAGAUUAGCAGACCCUGCAAGUUACUCGGAUUGCAUCCAUUGGUGCUUGCCUGGUGUGCCUGAUGUAUGGAAUGAACUGCUUUUUCAGUUUUUGUGAAAAACAGGCACACUUUGUAAGUUCUUUCCCACUAUCCUGGAGAAAAGCAAAAGGAAAUUUUACCCCCUUGAACGUAUAAUGUACAUCUCAAAUGAGCAUAGCAUGUUUCGUCUGUUAGGUGUUGAAGCAAAAUCUUGAACCUCAAGGUUUAUUACGAAAUGCUUCUUCCGUUUGAGUUUGCUUUGAUAGUUUGGUGAUUCUCGAUACAAGUGUUGGUGGGAGGUAGUAUAUGUACUCGCUGAACUAGCUGGUAUACCACGAACCGUGUACAUACAUUCAUUCAUAUAUGUUGUGAGUUUUGGAAAUAUUAUAGAGGGACUAAGAUUCCUGUAAUUCUAUGCAAGUUUAAAUUUGGUGAUUAUGGAACAAAUGGAAAAUCGAACACCUUUUAUUUGAAAUGAUAAAACAAAUUUACAAA